AUGGAGAUCGAGCUCGCUUAUGGUGAAUCUCGCGGAUACUGGAAACAUUAUUCACCCGGGAAGUGGUUCAAACAAGCGAAAGCCGUUGGCAAGAUCAACAACGUAAAAGCUACUCUGUUAUUUGAUUCUGGUGCUGAAGUGUCGAUCAUUGACACCACCUUUGCUCGUGAGGUCGGUUGCAAUAUUGACGAAAGUCAACGACAAGAAUGUAUCGGGAUUGGAGAAACUCCGUACAUGACGGUAGGACGUACCAAGAUCAAGGUGACCCUCGCGGGAUCGCUGGUAUACUAUUUCAAUGUAUGGGUAGGCGAUCUGGCAGGGCAAGAAGCGAUUCUGGGUAUGGAUUUUAUGGUGCCUGCUGGAGUGCGGCUCGAUCUAGCGGAUGGCGCGCUAUGUCUACCAGAAGAAAUCCGCAUUCAUCUCGCAGGACGUCGCCCCGCGUACGGAUCGAAGAUACAACAUAUAACGGCGAAGGACCAACACGUGGUGAUCCCGGUCGGAGAGUCAAGGGAAGUGAAGAUCGGGAUCGGAGGGGCUAAGAUGAAGUUGUGGGUCGCUAGAGGACUAGAUUGGGUCCCCACUGUGAUCUCGGGGUGGGGUAAGACGAAAUACCUGCAGAUGACCAACAUUGGCGACCGUGAGAUCAUACUGCCCACCCACACUAUAUUAGGCAUGUGGGUCGAAGGCGAUAUGGUACCGCGAACCCAAGGUUUGGUGACAGUCGGGUCGGGGAAGUACAAGGAAUGGCAAACUCUGGCAUAUGAGGCUACGACGGAUCGAGUGAACGAACUCCCGAAAGAACCGAUCGGACCAUUGGUAGAUCGUCCUACGUAUGCCGCUCCCAAACGCAUCUUGAAACGUCCGUCUGAUGCGUUACAGAACCUGUCUCCGGCGAUCUCCACGGUAACGCCGCAAGCUAACGAUGACGAUUCGCAAAAGGCAGAUGCUGUAGUUGCGAGGGAAGUAACGGUCAGGGGAGCCGAACUAUCGCGGAUGGAGAACGGUCAUGAGAUCGGUACCCAACAUGCAACGAAGGGAGACCGCGACACCGGUCAAGAAGGGCUACGUGACAGAUCGUCUCUACCGAAGGCUGAGCCGACUGACCGACUGUUGAAAUUGGGCCAGCCGGAAGAGACGAAGGAGCCUAAAGAAGAAAUAAUGCUAAAUACUGAAGACGUCGAGAUUGCAGAAAUACCAGUUUAUCACCACGAGAGCGGAGAUUUGUUUGCGGAAGAUAUCGAGCAGCAUAUGGCCGUGCUACCAGAGAUGUCGGCGACUACGGAAGAAGUUACGAUUGAGGACAUUCAGAUCGGUGAUCCCGAUGUGCCUCUCACCACAGAUCAACAACGGCUCAGAUCGCUGAUCUGGAAGAGCCGUCACCUCCUCAUGGGUAAAGGUAAUGCUCUACCACCAGCAGCACGAGGCGCGAUCUGUGAUAUUGAUGUCGGUGGGGCAGCACCGAUAGCGCAAAGAGUGCGUCCGGUCGCACCCAAAUAUCGGGAGAAGCUGUCAGAUCUCAUCAAAGGACUAUUAGCAGCCAAAAUCGUUCAGCCAUCCACGUCACCUUGGGCGUCUCCGAUAGUGGUGAUCAUCAAGAAGAACGGAGUGGAUAUUCGCCUUUGCAUUGAUUAUCGAAGAGUUAACCAGCUGACGCGUCUGAUGGUUUAUCCCAUGCCGUUGAUCAGCGAUCUGUUGGAAGAUCUGGAUAAAGCUCUAUGGUACUGUUCGCUAGACAUGGCUAGUGGAUUUUGGGUCGUCGAAAUGACCGAACGAGCAAAACUGAUCUCAGCGUUUGUCACACCGUUUGGCUUGUUCGAGUGGCUGCGAAUGCCUUUUGGGCUUAAGAACGCGCCCCAGAUCUACCAACGUCUGGUGGACAAUGCGUUGUAUGGAUAUCUCAAGAUCGGCCAGAGAUCAGCUUCUGAUGGCCCGAUCGACGUGUUCAAAGAUGGAGAACCUGAGACAGAUCGACGACCGUCUAUACUGGGACGCCGAUCUUACAUUGACGAUAUUCUCAUACCAGCCACGUCAUGGGGAUCUUUGUACACAAAAGUAGAACGGUUGCUGGAGGCAUGUGAUAAGUGGAAUCUGUCUAUCAGCCUCACGAAGAGCUUUUGGGGGUGCCGUAAGGUCGAUUAUUUGGGACAUCGAGUGUCGAUGGAUGGUCUGGAGGCUCAGCCCAAGAACCUAGAGUCGUUGGUUAACAUCCCGUUUCCUAGCACGCUACGAGCUAUGCAAUCCUUUCUCGGGAGCUUGAACUACUACCGUCGCUUCAUUGAGGAUUUCGCGGUGUAUGCCGCGGUGUUGUAUGAGUUAAGAGAAUCGGAUUUCUUCGAGAUCGGCCGAUCUCAGCUUGCAGCAGGAGACGAAUGCUCCAACGAGGGUCGAUGGACGGAAGCCAAGGUUGCUUUCACUAUGCUAAAAGCUAAGAUAGCUACAGCUCCCAUGCUCAAGCAUUUCGACCCAGAUCGGUCCCCCGUAAUCGUGGUCUACGCUAGCAAGUGGGCUGUCUCAGCGGCCCUGAUACAGGAGUACGAUGGCGUGUACCAUCCGGUGACGUUUACUAGCCGCACUUUAAAGCCUAAUGAGCUUAACUACGGAACGGUAGAAAAAGAAGUGCUGGCGCUACUUCGUGUGUUGGAUGUAUGCUAUACUACGCUUGCCUCGCGGGAGAUCACUGUACUGACCCGACAUUCUACGUUAGCCUGGUUGAUGCAGUCUCGAGGGCUCAACGGGAGAUUAGGACGGUGGGCUGCUUUGUUGUCAAAUUGGACUAUGGAGGUGAAGAAAUGUGAAAGAGGAGAGGAAGAGAUCCUGGGCAUGUUAGCAGCGAGUAUCACUCCGAGAGGAGAAGUGGAAGAGAUGCUGAUUGCGAUCUCCCCACGAAAAGACUGUCGACUCAAAAUAUCGAUGCCUCCUCCAACGGUGGAAACAGAUGAGGAGUUGCUGGUGGCCAGUUUCGAUGGAUCGGCUAGGAUAAAAAAGAAAGGAGGGUCGUUCAGUGCCGUGAUAUGGAAGUUACCCGAAUGGACGAUCGUGGCGGCCGAAUCGAGAUAUGUUCACGAUCUGACUGUGAAUGAAGCUGAGUAUAAUGGCUUGCUACUGUGCUUUGAGUUACUCGCCGGUCUGGAUAGGGGGCGAGUAAUACUGUGUGGAGAUUCCAGUCUGGUGAUUCGACAGAUGCGCGGUGAGAUCGACUGCAAGGCACCGGGCCUUCAGCUUCUGAGACACAAAGCGUUGGAGAAGCUGCAGUCAUGGCCUAGUCACGAGUUUCUGCAUAUGAAGCGAGAGUGGAAUCAGAGCGCAGAUCGACUAGCCAGCACAGCAUUGCAGAGCGAAAAGGGAAGAACGGUUGUAGCUGAAGAGGAUCGGCAAGAUCUGAUGACUCUGAACCGUCUCGAUGAAUUGUUGAAGCCCAAGCAAGAUGGUCAGCUAGCUCGGGUAACUGCGAUCGCGAGAUCAGCCAGGAGGAUACGUCAUGAACCUGAAGUGAUACAGGAGGAGAUAGUACAGAGGAUCAGGAUUCAACGAAUUGUCCAAGCUCAAGAUGAAGAGCGUUGGAUUGUCAAUCUCAAGACAUAUCUAAGUGGCGAUGUAUCAAACUUGGAUGCGGUAGAAGUGAAGAUGUGCGCCAAACUGGCGCCGGAUUACGAGAUCGAUGAGAACAAUCUGCUAUUUUUUUGCCCCAUGGCGAAAAGAGAGUCGGAAGAUCGCGAUGGUUUGAUGCGGUUGGUGAUCCCUGAGACGUUGCAGCAGGAUUUUUUGCAUCACUAUCACACGAGUCUGGAAGGAGGCCAUCAGGGUAUUGGCCGAACCUAUCAGAGGAUCAGAUCGCGAUUUCAUUGGAGAGGACUGUAUCGGAGCGUUCAACGAUAUGUGGGCGAAUGUACCGACUGUGAGACCGGGAAAGGAAACCCGAUGAUUCAUGGGAAAUCCCCGGGCAAUCUACACGCAACCUAUCCAUUCCAGAUCAUCGCCAUGGAUCAUAUACCGUCGUUGCCCAAGUCCAUCAAGGGGAACACCGAACUGCUCAUUUGGGUCGACCUUUUCUCGGGAUAUGUGAUUGCAAAGGCUAGCUCCUCUCGGACGGCACAAACAAUAGCGGAGAAUUACGAAGAAUGUGUGUUUCGACGCUUCGGAGCUAGCGAGGCUAUCAGGCACGAUCGAGAACCGGGAUUUAUGUCCGACUUCUUUCGAGCCUUCAGUCGGAUCGUAGGACAAAAACAGCGUGCUACUAUGGCUUACAGGCCACAAGCAAAUGGAACAGCCGAACGAAUGGUGCAAACCCUGACACAUUCGCUCAAGAUGUACGUGGCUGAAGUUGACCAGCGAGACUGGGAUGAGUAUGCUGAGCGGCUCACAUUUGCCAUUAACACUGCACAAGAUCGGAUCCGGGGGAUACCCCAUUUUAUCUGA